AUGAACCUCAACUUCACCUCGCACGCGGUGGCCCAUUCGGUGUCUUCCCACAGGCCAACUUCCUUCUUCAUCGAGGACAUCCUGCUCCACAAGCCCAAGCCCCUUCGCGAAGUGGCCCCCGAGCACUUCCACAGCCCCCUAGCCUCUCGGGUCCCUCUGCUGGACUAUGGGUACCCCCUGAUGCCCCCGCCGACCAUCCUGGCUCCUCACCCGCACCACCCGCUCCAUAAGCCGGAUCACCACCACCCUUAUUUCUUGACCACUUCGGGGGUGCCGGUGCCCGCUCUCUUCCAGCCUCACCCGCACGCCGAGCUGCCGGGCAAGCACUGCCGUCGUCGGAAGGCCCGCACCGUCUUCUCGGACUCGCAGCUCUCCGGCCUGGAGAAGCGCUUCGAGAUCCAGCGCUACCUUUCCACUCCCGAGCGCGUCGAACUGGCCACAGCGCUCAGCCUCUCGGAGACCCAGGUGAAAACGUGGUUCCAGAACCGUCGGAUGAAGCACAAAAAGCAGCUGAGGAAGAGCCAGGACGACCCCAAGGCCCCCGGCGCGGAGGACAGCGCGGAGCAGGGGACUAGCAGCGAGCCGGAGCUGGCGCCACCAGACAAAACGGCCCCCGGCGCUUCUUCGGCCUCCUCCUCUGCCGAGCCCCACAAGGGCGGGCACCCGCCGCCUUUCCUGCUAGAGGAGACCGAGGACGAGGUGGACAUAAUCGAAGGGGCGGAGCUGUGCGGCCCCCAGCACCUCAUCUAG